AUGGAGGAGGAUAACAAAUAUGAAAACCUUGAGAGCAUCUAUACAAACAUAGACAACUACAAUAACCUGCCAAGAGUGCAAGAGAGAUCCUGCCUGGACACUGAAGUACAGAAACGAGGCUGUGAGGCUGCAUCUGAGGGGAGGCAGGCAUGCUCUGGAAAACCAGCUGCAGUGUGUUUGGGGCUGCUGUGUGUUCUCCUGCUGGCUGUUAUCAUCGGCCUGUGGAUAAAACACGAUGCAGGCAGAGACCAGUUACAGAGUAGCUAUGACAACAUGACUAAGGAGAGAGACCAGUUACAGAGUAGCUAUGACAACAUGACCAAGGAGAGAGACCAGUUACUGGACAUUAACAAUAAUUUGACUUUAGAGAGAGACCAAUUACAGAGCAGUUAUGAUGACCUCACUAUGGAAAGAGAUGCAUUUCAGCAAAAACUGGAACUACUCACAGGUGAAAGGAACCAGUUACAGAGAGACUAUGACAACAUGACUAAGGAGAGAGACCAGUUACAGAGUAGCUAUGACAACAUGACUAAGGAAAGAGACCAGUUACAGAGUAGCUAUGACAACAUGACUAAGGAGAGAGACCAGUUACUGGACAUUAACAAUAAUUUGACUUUAGAGAGAGACCAAUUACAGAGCAGUUAUGAUAACCUCACUAUGGAAAGAGAUGCAAUUCAGCAAAAACUGGAGAUGUGUUUUAAAGGUUGGAGGAAAUUUGGAAGCAGCUAUUACUACUUUUCUAAUGGGAGAAAGAACUGGGCUGAGAGCAGGCAGUACUGUAGAGAGAUGGGAGCAGAUCUGCUGAUCAUAAACAGCAGAGAGGAACAGGAGUUCAUAAAGGAGGUAAACAUAGAUGCCUGGAUUGGUCUCAGUGAUGCACAAACAGAGGGGAUCUGGAAGUGGGUGGAUGGGUCACCACUAACCACUGUAUACUGGAGCACAGGGGAACCCAAUGGUGCUCACAAAGAUGAAGACUGUGCUGUCAAUGAAGUUGUCUCUCUGAGUACGUGGAAUGACAUCCCCUGCUCAUCCGAGGCAGGCUGGAUCUGUGAACUAUAG